UGUGCCAAAAGUGUACAGAAUACGUGCGUUUUGUCACCCCUAGAUUUUUCUGUCAACCUUUACUUGCACAAAAGAGCACUUUGUCAGAUUAAGCUGUGAUUUUUUUAAAGUCUAUGACUUGUUUUAAAAUCUCUGGGUACCAUUUAAUCCAUAAUCAUUUCCGUCAAAAUCUAUAUUUCUUCUGCUUUUCUUUUUCUCUAUAUAUUUAUAUACAUGGAGUUGGCUCUGAGCUUAGGGGAAACGCCUAAAGCAAUCACAUUUCUUGACAAAUCACUGAAGGUUGACUUUGGGAAUGAUUUAGGAUUCUGCAUGACUCUGGGAGAGUCAGGUGCUGAAGCUAAAACCAAAGCAUCAGAUUCAGAUCUACAUAUUCAGCUUGAUCUUACGCCUUUCUCUCCUGUUCCUCGGAGUCAAACAUCAUUAAAUAAGCUUCAUUUUUCAUGGAUAACUGAAAAUUUGACUGGCGAAUCGGGAAACGUGAACAAGAGGAGUCGAUGGGUGGAGGAUUCCGUGGCUAUUUCAUCUCCAAAUAGUAUAGGAUCGUCAUUUCAGAUGGACUUUUCAAUCUACGGAAAUGGAAGGGUAAAAAGAGAGUUUGAAGGUGAGGUACAUAGAGGGACUUCUUCAAGGGCAAGUGACGAUGAAGAAAACAGCAUGGCCAGGAGAAAGCUCAGACUCACCAAAGAAGUCUGUUUUUCUUGAAGAAAACUUCAGAGAGCAAAGCACCCUCAACCCAAAACAAAAGGUUGCUCUUGCAAAGCAGUUGAAUCUUCGUCCUCGACAAGUAGAGGUAUGGUUCCAGAACAGACGAGCUAGAACCAAGUUGAAACAGACACAGGUAGAUUGUGAGUAUAUAAUGAAGUGCUAUGAGACAUUGACAGAAGAGAAUAGGAGGUUACAAAAUGAACUUCAAGAAUUAAGAGCCCUUAAAACCUCUCAACUUCUCUACAUGCAGCUUCCUGCCACAACCCUCUCAAUGUGUCCCUCUUGUGAACGGGUUUCCACUACCGCCACCACUGCUGCCACUGCCGCUGCCUAUCCUACCACCGCCUGCGCCUCUGCAGGCGGCAUGACUUCAUCUAAUAUGGGACUCUCUCUUGCUGAGCCUAAAUUAUUUUCAUUUUCGCCUGCCCAAAUCCAUGCUCAACGGGCUGCUUCUUAGGAUUCAGCACCAUGACAGCAUGGAGUUGUUGUGUUGUCUAUGUACACUUAAGGUUUUUGAUCAUCUAUGUUUUUCACUUUUUUUUUUUUUUUUUUUUUUUCUUCUUUUUUUUUUUUUUUUUUUUUUUUUUUUCCUCUCUUGUGAUUAUUUGAUUUGUAGUGAGUUGCUGUCCUGAUAAAUUAUCAGAUGAGGUUUGAAAUAGUACAAGUAGUUUGACUGAGAAUAUGUACAAAAGUUUUGAA